UAUCCGUACUGGGAUUAAAGGGUGAGUAAGUAUUAUGUGCGGUUAUCUUCGAUUUUGUUAAAUCGUCACGUUCCUGAUAGCAGGAAUUAGUAUAAAAUGCAAUAAUUUGCUAAUUGCGGCAUAGUUUGUUACUACAACGAAAACAGCAGCAAACAUGCAAUUCUUAAUUCUCGCUGCCGCCGUCGUCGCCGUGGCCGUUGCUGGCCCCUACCAGCGCGCGCUCGUCACCCCCGAAGUGGCUGGACCCGUCCCCAUUUCCCCCGAGGGAGUCGCCCCCGCCCCGAUCGUGAUCCCCGACAUCGCCGGACCCGCUCCCAUCGAGAUCCCCGGCACUGGCCUGCCCGCACCCGUCGUCAUCCCCGACAUCGCUGGACCUGCACCCAUCGUGAUCCCUGAAAUCGUCGGACCUGCCCCCAUCGUGGUCCCCGAAAUCGUCGGACCCGCCCCCAUCGUAGUCCCCGAAAUCGUCGGACCUGCCCCCAUCGUGGUCCCUGAACCUACCCCUGUUGAGGUCGUACCCGCCCCCGUGCCAUCACCUGUGGUAGAACCCGAACCCAUCGCGGUCGGACCCGCUAUCAUCGAAGACAUCCAACAGGUCGCCGCCCCAAGCGCUCCCCUCGUUCAGAUCAUCCUGAACAUCAAUCAGGCUCAGUCUCCUUCUCCAGUGGCGGUCCCCCCCGUCGUUGCUGACACCCCCAUCAUUGAGGCCCCCAUCGCCGUCGACCCCGUCGUCGUGGUGGACCAGCCCGCCAUCGACCCCUCCCCCGUCAUCGUGGCCCCCGUCCCCGUCGACCCCGUGAUCGUGGCCCCCGCCCCCGUUGACCCCGUCAUCGUGGUCGAGCAGCCCUCCAUCAUCCCCGACCCCGUAGUCCUCCCCACCCCCGUGUUGCCUGAGGUCAUCGUCCCCGAGCCUGUGAUCCUCCCCAGCCCCGUGCUCCCGGAGGUCAUCGUCCCCGAGCCCGUGAUCCUCCCCAGCCCUGAAUUGCCCGUUGUCCCCGAGGCGGUCAUCACCCUCCCCGAGACUCUCAACUAAGCAGUUUGUGCUGUUACGUGACACCCAUUCCAAUAUAAGGGGAUGUUUGGACUUUCUACCUACACCUUGAAACGCUUGUAUGUCCUAGAAUGAAAUAAAUGUCUGUGAAUAAAGAUCUGGUCCUAA